AUAAUUGUUCUUUAAUUGCAGAACACCAUGCCCGCCGAAACACAGGAACCUUCGACAUCCUUCACACCAACUGGUAUACCGAUGAACUCUACAGUUACGGAAACAGCCGAAUGCAAGACGGGAGUCUAUUCCACUACCGGUGAAUGUUGUGAAGAGUGUCCGGACGGCUUCGGCGUUCAUCGACAAUGCUCGGACCCCAACGCCACCAACACGAUCUGUACCAUCUGCGAAACAGGUAUGACGUACUCUUCCGUCACAAGUCACUUGAUGCCAUGUCAAACCUGCACACGAUGUAGCCACAACGAAGUGAUGACGUCAUCCUGCAGCAUCAUGCAAGACACAGAGUGCGACUGUGCGCCGAAUUAUUUCCGAACGGACCCACAAAGCGGCGUUCCGGCUACAGGGACCGCCUCGAUGUGCAGCCAAUGUAUGUUCUGUCCUCCUGGGUUCGGCGCGGCAGUUCCAUGUUCGCCUCGACAGAGCUCGAGGUGUGAGCUUUGUGAGAAUGGAACCUACUCGGACAUCGUCAGUUCAACUGAAGGAUGUAAAAAGUGUACAGUCUGCAGAGAAGGCAGCAUUGUACUCAAGCGGUGUACGGAUAUCUCAGAUACUGUCUGUUCAGAUACCUACAUACCAGCAGUGACGGACAGACCAGAGAACGAUGGUAUAACGACGACGGCAUGGAUCCCCAGAUCGAACAGGACAUCGUCAGGUUUCAGCGUCGUACCCAUCUUCUGUACCCUUCUCGGGCUCGUCAUCUUCGGUCUGCUCGCUUACGUCAUCUUCAAGAAAUGGUCGUUUAAGAAGAUGAAGCUGAGACAGACUCAGAAAAUGACCAGGUCUAGCUCGUGCCAUACCGAUAUUGAAGGAAACACAAUCUCUAUACUCUCACUGAAGAACGGUCAGAGCUAUGCAUCAAGAGACUCGGCCCUAGAUCGGUCAGGUGUAGGCAGUAUCUGUAGACAGCCACUCAUGGCAGUUCCGAGUGCGAUGCCCUACCAGCAGCUACCUUCAGACAAACGCUACGAAGUAGAACGCUCGCUCUCGGUCGCACGGAUGGACGGCCGUGACUGGAGAGGUUUGGCCCGGGAACUAGGAUUCUCAGAUCUAGACAUCGUUCACAUCGCUCAAACGUGUACAGGAUCAACACCACCCGCCAGAGCUAUGCUCAUUUCAUUGCAUAGCAGAGAUAUCAAACGCGCAACCGUCGGGACGCUCGUCGAAGCGCUUAGGAGGAUACGACGAAAUGACGUUGCCGAUUUAAUACCCAUCUUCACGUAUAGUGCUUAUCACUUUCCAGGAUCAUGAUGUCUGCUGCGAAAACUAUUUUUAAAAUGUAGAAUGGACUCAUUGUAAACAAUGUUACUCUUUUGUAUAUAUAGGUUACAGGUGGGUUAUUUUGUACUCCAAUUUAAAAUAUUGAUAUGUACUUGCCAGGUAGACGAAGACUGACAUUGCACCAAAUUCGAAAUCACAAAUUAUUGAGUAGUCGCUUCAUAUAACUUUUGUAACCCUUAGGCCUCCAGUAUACUAUAAAAGAUACACAAUCUACAUCGAUAAAGUGUUUAUUCUACAGCAUUAAUAAGAAUUAAAUCUUUCACUAUACUGUUGCUUGCUUUAUUACGUUGCCUUGUUAUUCUGUCAGAAUAAGCAUUGUUUUUGUCAGGAGUUUGUUAAUGGCAGCGUUGGACUUUUAUACAUAAAAGUUAUCUUGUGGGGCUUCCCCGAGUCGCUUUUGAUGUUGGUAGGGUCUAAUAGUGUCGAGACCCUUUACUUAAAAAGAACAACUCUUAUUAAUGCGUUGUAAAAUACAUCUAAGUGUACACAAUAUUAUUGUUCAUUAUGAUCGGCACUUGUAUAAUGUUCAGUAGGGUACAUCAUACCUGGUAACUCAUCGUAGUGUUUAAAAGUCAAAGAAGAGAGAAAAUGAGAAUCAUUCAUUUUGUAUUGAAACAUUGAAUAUUCAUAAUUACAUUUACAUGGUGCAAUCUCUUUAAUUCUUUAAUGUAAAUUCUUUUCUACAUAAGCCCGUAUUAUGAAGACUAUAGUGAUACCUUUCAAAGAUUGCUUAGAAGAAGAAGACAAGUUUUCAGACGCACGAUAUAACACUUUUCUUGUGGAAUUGUUGAACUUCUGGUAGAUCAUUUUGGCAGCACUUUAAUUUGUAGGGCUGGCCCCUCAUGCAUUAAGUUUGAUUGACUUUCAUCAAUCAUUAUAGUGGGUGCCUGAAGGAGUCGUGUUUUGCUUAUGAGAGUCUAUGUGCGGGGGGGGGGGGGAGAAUGGGGUGUGGUUACAUUUUGUCACGUAUUUAUGAAGGCAAUGCCAUAACUGCCGUUAGAAGAAAACAAAUGUAGUUUUGACAUUUUUAACAUCUUAUAAAAGAACUUGAUAGCGUAAGGUUUUAUAUGCGUUAGCAAACUUGUUAAUAAAUCGUCUGCAAUGUAUCUCUAUCCAUCAUAACUGGGAAAAUAGUAAAUAUCAGAGACACCUGUUGACUUUAGAUGUAAAUUAAUAUUCAUAUUCAGGCGAGCUAACAUUUGUAAUCAUAGAUCGAUGAAUGGCGUCAAAACACAUGCAGACCACCUCGUUGUCCAAAAGACAUUUAAGCUAAUUGUAUUACAACUUUCUUUCGAUCCGUGAUGAAUUACAUUGAAGGUGCUGCUUUUCUAAUAAGUAAUAAGUAAACAAUUUUUAACCUUGGCGUGUAUACUAUUUUGAUGAGUGUGAUCUUUUUAUCCCAAGUAAUGUGGCUAUAUUUAUUAUCCUAAUUAUUGUACUAUUUGUUGCGAUGUCUGAGAAACAUUUGAAUGUUUACUUGAAAUAAAAUUGGGAGAUUAUCUGUAAGCAUGGAGAAAGAAGAAUGUAUGAAAUAUGGAUACUAAUUAUUUGAUAUAAUUUGUCAAGUGCAGUGUAAAUAGUAUCACGAUUUUGUAUAAAGACAUUGACAUAACAAGAAAAAA